AUGGUCUCAGAGGCGCAUAACAACCGUGCGGAGUACGACAAGUCCUUGCAUGAAGCGCGUCGGGAGAUCGACUUGAAGGUGCAAAAGGAUCGCGCUGAGGUAGAUAAGAAACUGAAAAAAGAACGUUCAUACGUGGACAGGAUGAUAAAGGAGGAGCGUGAGGAGUUUUCCCUUAAGAUGGCGAAGAUGCGUCUUGAGAUUGAAGAAAAGUAUAAGAGGGACUGUGAGCACAUGGAAAAAAUGUUUGUCUUAGGCUACAAGGAAAUGCAUCAAACGUUGCAGAAGGACCGGAAGCUUGUGGACAGUAUUAUACAGACAGAGCGAGUCAGGAUGGAUGCCUAUGUGUUGCAGGCACGUGCGAAUAUCGACAGUAAGCUGCUACAGGAGCGGUCGUACAUGGAUUAUAAGGCCAUGCUGGAGAAGGUCUGCUUGGAAGGACAUAUGUUAGAACACCGCUAA